AUGGAGCUGUGCGGCCGCCAGAAGGUCGUCCAGCGCAAGAUGAGGCGACGGUGCCUGUGGCAAGACUUCCGCGUUGAACGUGUUCACAAGAGGGUGCGCAACUCCCUCCCUUCCUAUAUCUUCGUCGAUAAUGUACAUAUGGAACUCUCGUUAUGGGAUACAGCCGGACAGGAGGAAUUCGAUCGGUUGCGCGCGCUGUCAUACGAGGACACGCACGUGCUUAUGCUCUGUUUUAGUGUCGACAGCCGCGACUCGUUCGAGAACGUCGGGUCGAAAUGGAUUGCGGAGAUCCACGAGAACUGUCCCGGGGUGCGCGUGGUGCUCACAGCGCUCAAGUGCGAUUUGCGCAAGGACGAGGAGAUGAACGAUAACCCCGACGCGAUUACAUUUGACCAGGGACUGGCCAAGGCGAAGGAGAUCGGUGCCGUCAAGUACCUGGAAUGCUCCGCUGUUCAGAACCGUGGUAUUCGGGAGAGUUUCUACGAAGCGGCCAAGGUUGCUCUCGAGGUUAAGCCCGCCGGGGGCUCCGCCUCCAGCGGAGGGUGCAUCAUUCUUUGA